AUGACUGCUGCUUUGUCCCAAAGAGAAGAACAAAUAGAGAAUGUUUCAAAUAGAACCAUUCCCAAAGUACUAAUCCAAUGUGAAGAAUGCAAAUCUAACCCCUCAAAGUACAAGUGUCCGGGUUGCUCGAUACAAUCGUGCAGUCUUCCUUGUGUAAAAGCUCACAAAGCUCGGACCGGGUGUAAUGGCAAGAGGAACCAGACUCAAUUUGUUCCUAUUUCACAAUUUGAUGACAAUAUCUUGUUAUCUGAUUAUAAUUUGCUGGAGGAAGUGAAGAGAGUGGCUGAAGUUGCUUCAAAAACGAGAACAAAGUUAGGCGUGUCUACAUAUUUUAAGUUGCCUUAUCACCUCAAAAGCCUGCAACGUGCUGCUGGAAGCCGGAGAACAAAACUAUUGUUUCUCCCUAAUGGAAUGUCAAAAAGAGAGAAUAAUCAUUCUCGAUUUGACAAUAGGGAGAAGUCUAUACAUUGGACAAUAGAAUGGCGUUUUCACUCGACAAAUAUUGUUUUGCACGACCACGGAGUUCAUGAAGAUACAAGCUUUUGCACCAUUCUAGAGAAGCACCUCAAACCAGGUCCUUGGAAUCAUCAACUAAAGGAAUUUUGUGAUGACCAUGAUCGUCUCAAGCUCUUCAUUCGUAAAUAUCCAAAGGGUCCCAAGUCACCCUUCAAAGAAUUGGAUAUGAAAGCACCAAUCAAACAACAAUUGAAAAAUAUAGUCAUUUUGGAGUAUCCCGUUGUUUUUGUUUUCUUGCCGUCUCACACUAUCAAUUUCGAAGUUAUUAAGAACGUCAUUCCUAGUAUGCCUAAAUCACUGCAGAAAGAUAGUGAAGUUAACCUAAUACCAGAAGGUGUGUCGUUCAGGGAAGAGGAGAUUGGAGAUGACAACAACUCCGAUGAUCCUAAGGUUUUUGAUCUUCUGAAGCAUGUAGAAUCAAGUCCAUCACAUCAAGUGCAUACUGAAAAUACGCCUUCCGAGAAAGCACCUAAUGAUACUAAGGUUUUUGAUCUUUUGAAGUAUGCAGAAUCAAGUCCAUCACAUCAAGUGCUUACUGAAAAUAUGCCUUCCGAGAAAGCACCUAAUGAUCCUAAGGUUUUUGAUCUUUUGAAGCAUGCAGAAUCAAGUCCAUCACAUCAAGUGCUUACUGAAAAUACACCUUCCGAGAAAGCACCUAAUGAUCCUAAGGUUUUUGAUCUUUUGAAGCAUGCAGAAUCAAGUCCAUCACAUCAAGUGCUUACUGAAAAUACGCUUUUCGAGAAAGCACCAAAUUAUACAUUAGAUAUACCAGUGUUUCAAGGAGAUGUUAAGAGAAAUUUUUCGCCCUCAUGUUUCAUAGACACGGAUUUACAAUUGUCUGAAUCUGGGAUGUUCGACUUUGAACAAGAUCUUAUGUUUGAAGGUCAUUCCUAUGAUCUUAUGUAUCAAUUCAAUCCCCAAGUCUUCCCAGAGUUUGAUUGUGAAUUUGCAAAGAAAGAUGAAACCGAAAUAGAUGUGUUUGACGCCAUUAACCAGCUCCCUGAGAUACGGCAGACGGAGCAAUUGGAGGAAGGGGAGAUUCCCGAUUGA